ACGUUUGCACCAAGUUUCCUUCGGCAGUUUUUGCAUGGUGACAUUGCUUCAAGUGGCUGGUAGUAUAAACUUCACAGGGGACAUACCAGACCGUACAAUAAAGGCCAAACUAGAUGACGAUGUCGCUCUGGGCUGGAGCUUCUCAUUCAACGAUUUGGGAGGCAAUCCAGUUGGCCCAUUUGGUGCUCCAGACGUUUACGAAAUCAGCUUUGGCAUUUAUAAAUCUAUACAUGGCGAAACUUUCUUGAGCGAGAAACUUGUUGUUGUCGAUAGUAGUGGAAAGUUCAGUGUUCAAGCUGGAUUUGAUAGAAAAAUGGAUUGGAGCCACUCAAAAUACAAAUUAACAUUCAUUCUGAAAAACAUUGCUAUCCAAGAUCAGGCAAUGUACGGAGUGAAUGUUGAGCUUGGCUUGAGUCAGCUGCCGCUCGAGGAUUCUGUGAUUGUUAUCAUACCAGGACUCUCGUACGUGGUUCAAAAUGGCAGCUCGAUUGUCCGUAAAGAGUCAGCCUACAUGAUGGAACCUUUUGAACUAUCGUUUACAAGAUCGGAACACGACCGAACUGCUGACCGUAUCAAGUACACACUCAAAAAAGAUAACACAAGCAUUUUCAUUAUUGGAAAGAACAGAGAAGAUAACAAAUUCAGUUGCUUUCAUUAUGUUACUCCAAAACCUACACCUUGUUCUGCUGAUUCCUUCUCAGUGAACGAAACUUACGUUUCUUUCAAACUAAGAAAUGUUACCUUUCAAGAUGCUGGUCGAUACCUCUGUAUAAAGUAUUCAUCGGGGCUCUACAAUACAACGUUCGAGGAAAUCGACCUUAGUGUACAAGAGAGACCAACCGUAGAAAUAAUUGACGAUGAAACAUCAGCUCCCAGGGCAAAAAGCAGUUAUUCCAGUACUCGGCCUAUAUGUCAAGUAUUGGCAGCAAUAUUGAUCUUACAAGCACUGCUCGUCUAGAAGACACACCCUUCACCAAGGACGGGGGAAGCAGUGAACAUCAGCUUUACAAAAUGAUUUAAAAAAAACAGUUUUAUAAAGACAUGUUAUGACCCCCCAUCCCCUCCCCCCCUCCUAACCCCCGCUUCGUGCUUUGGGUUUGAAAAUAUGAAGCUUGUCUGGCUUGAAUGGGGAAUUUGAACCAGAAGUGUCGGGUCUUUCUACCGGAAUACACGUGUCACCUCUUUAGAUAUGGAGUUGUUUAAGCUGAUUAGUUCCCUCUCGCGAGCGAUCGGCCAGAAGAAAAUGUUUACAAAGUCCAGGUUUUAAAGUUUGGUUAAUGUGUAGAAAGUUACUGUCGUUGACUUUGCCCUUUACGAAAAAAUUGUAUGUGGCAUUUGAAUAAAGCAAUCUCCAGAACUUCAA